AUGGGUAAAGAUAAUUCUGACAAUAUUAAUAACAGUAUUGAUAAUCAGCAUCUUAGACUUAUUCCUUGUUCAAAUGGACAAACAAAUGUUGGAGACAAUAAUCUUCAUCAAAACAUUGACUCUACUGAUUCCACUCAUGGAAAUUUGGUUCACAAUGAUUCCAUUCAACAAGGCUCUUUUAACAAUCUAAGCAAUAAAGGUUUCAUUCUUGGUAUAAAGAAAGAUUUUGUUUAUGAAGAAUAUAAUAAAGAAUUCCCAGAGGAAUUUGAUAAAGUAACAACAAUGGAAGGAAAUAUUCCUCAAUGUGUAAGAUAUAUUGUACAAAUUAUUGG